GCGGCGAGGCCGCAGCCUCGCUCUGGGGCUUGAGCCUGCGCGCUCAUUUCCCGCUCGCCCCGCGCGCCCCACGCGCCACGAGCCCCGCGCGCCCCACGCAUCCCGCGCGUCCCCGGCCCCGCGCGCGCCCCCCGCAUCCCGCGACCCCGACGCCCGCUCCCCUGUCCGCAGUGUCUCCUCCCGCGGACAUGGCCCCGGUGUUCGCGGCGAGCGCCCGCCAGGGGCCAUGAUCCGGCUGCGCGGCUGGUGCGCGCGGAGGCCCCGCGGCGCAGCGGUGCCUGCGGGGCCCGCUGGGCUGCGCUGGGCGUCGGGCGGGCCUGCCGGCCGCGCCCUGCGGGUGCUGGUGGACAUGGACGGCGUGCUGGCCGACUUCGAGGGCGGCUUCCUCAGGAAGUUCCGCGCGCGCUUCCCCGACCAGCCCUUCAUCGCGCUGGAGGACCGGCGCGGCUUCUGGGUGUCGGAGCAGUACGACCGCCUGCAGCCCGGGCUGAGCGAGAAGGCGAUCAGCAUCUGGGAGUCGGAGAAUUUCUUCUUUGACCUCGAGCCUCUGCCAGGCGCUGUGGAGGCUGUGAAGCAGAUGGCCAACCUGGAGAGCACGGACGUCUUCAUCUGCACCAGCCCCACCAAGAUGUACAAGUACUGUCCCUUCGAGAAGUACGCCUGGGUGGAGAAGCACUUCGGCCCUGACUUUCUAGAGCAGAUCGUGCUGACCAGAGACAAGACCGUGGUCUCCGCCGACCUCCUCAUAGACGACCGCGUGGACAUCACAGGGGCCGAGCCGAACCCCCACUGGGAGCACGUGCUCUUCACGGCCUGUCACAACCGGCAUAUGCGGCUGCAGCCCCCCGGCCGCAGGUUGCACUCAUGGGCAGACGACUGGAGGGCCGUCCUGGACAGCAAGCGGCCCCGCUGAGCUGGCUGAGCCCCGGCCCCGCACGUUGCCCGGCCUGGCCUUACAUGCACCUCGGGGCAAGGCUGGCCCAGGGCCCUGGACAGGACACGGGCGGCCAGGCCGACCUCAGGCCUCCGGUCAGGGAGGAGCCCGGGGCGUUGUUCAGAGGGGACAGCCCUCCCCUCCCUCAGGGAGGCCCCCUCCCCGGCCAGCAGCCGCCUGGUCUGAGGGUGACGUAGGAGCAGGUGGGGACAACCGCCCCGCUCUGAACCACGGCCCCUGCUGCCCGGUGCCCAGGGGGUCUCCCCCGUGGACCUGCCCCGGAUCCAGCAAACACGGUGCGAGUUCUGGGCCGUGCCAGGCUCUGUGCCAGGGGUCCUCCCUGGGUCCCGCCUCUGACCGGCUAAAGGGCUCUGACCCCCUCCCGCUCCCCCCACCCCGGGGACCAAAGGCUUAGAUGUUCGCUGAAGGCGUGAACAAUAAAUGCUGUUCUCUA